GCGUAAAGAUUCGUCAAAUAUGCAGUCACUACUGAACAAGAAAACCGAUCAAAACCCUACCCAUUACAUCCAAACAUCUGUCUGCCAAUGGCUACCACCAACUCGCACGCUCAAAGCUCAUCAACUCCGGCCAAACCGGCGCUUCGAAAGCCGGUUUUUAUCAAAGUCGGUGACCUGAAACCGGAAACUGCCGGUCUAACGCUCAUCGCAAAGGUUCUUAGUUCUGAAAUUGUGUUGCAGAAGGGGCUUGUUGCGUCAGCGUCUUCUAAUGUUCGUAAUGUUCGUAUAGCUGAGUGUCUUGUUGGUGAUGAAACCGGUACUAUACUUUUUACUGCUCGUAAUCAUCAAGUUGAUCUUAUGAAACCUGGUACCAGUGUCAUCAUUCGAAAUGGAAAGAUCGACAUGUUCAAGGGGUCGAUGAGGCUUGCAGUUGACAAGUGGGGUCGUAUCGAAGUAACUGAUUCUGUCACUUUUGAAGUCAAAGAGGACAACAAUCUGUCGUUGAUGGAGUAUGAGCUCGUAAAUGUUGCUGAGUAGGUAACCGAACAACUGGUGUUUCGUAAGGUUUAUUUAUGCUUAUAUUAAUACUGGUAGCUUGAUUUAGUAUGGUGGAGAAGACGGAUCUUUUUGCGUUAUUAUGAAAAUUAUGUUGUGCUGGUUAAGUUUCGACUGAAGGAAUGUUUUGGCUCUUCUGUUUAUAUAUUAUAUGAUUCGUAGACUUUAAUCA